AAGCACCACAGCCAUGAGCAGCUCCCGCGUGAGCUCCAGCCACAGCUCCAGCCAUGGGACCAGGAGCGAGAAACCUCGCAAGAUUACAGCCAAGGCGGAUGAGCUGGACGCUUACAUGGAGAAACUCUAUGACGAUGACGUCGAGUCCAAGCUGGAAGGUGCUAAGAUGAUUCUGCAGCUCGCGGAGUAUGCAGGCAACAUCGAGGCCCUCGUGCAGAAUGAGUCACUAAUGAGCCUGCUGUCGCGUGUGUUGAAUGACGACUACAAGAAGAGCUAUGACUUCUCGCUUACAAUGAUACGCAUCUUCUGGUGCUUCUCCAACUUCCUACAACUGCAUGCAUUGCUGGCUAAUUACCGCAUCGGAGCCAUCACGCUCAAGAUCGUCGAGUUCGAGCUCAAGCGCCACCAACUACGCCUCGAAGAGGAAAAGAUGCUGGAAGCCGCGGCAAAAGAGAUCUCAACAGGGGAUACCGACUCGAUGGACGAUAUACUAGCAAAACUCGACCGCGAGAAGAAGCGCAACAAAAAGCGCAUGAAGAAGCAAGACCAACUACUCUAUGUAUGCUUUAGUGUGCUCCUGAACCUAGCGGAAGACAUUCACACCGAGCGCAAGAUGGUCAAGCGGAAGAUUGUGGUCUUCUUGACGAAGAUGCUGGAUCGUGUAGCGCCUGAUCUGGUAAUCCUGACUAUCACAUUUCUCAAGAAGCUGAGUAUUUUUGAGGAGAACAAGGACGCAAUGGUGGAGCUUACCGUGGUGGAAAAGCUAGUGCGAUAUCUCAACUGUAACCAUGACAAGACCAUCCAAACAGCACUCAAGUUGCUGUUCAACUUGUCGUUCGAUCCAAAUCUUCGCGAAGUGUUGGUGAGAAACAGUCUCAUCCCGAAACUCGUGGAGCUACUCAAGAAGCCUCCUUUUCGGGCGCUUUCCCUUCGAAUCCUCUACCACCUCAGCAUCGACGAUCGAUGCAAGUCAAUGUUUACCUACACAGAGGCAAUUCCAAUUGUUAUGCAACUGGUGAUUAAUUUCCCACAGAAUAUUGUGGCGAAAGAGCUAGCUGCGUUGGCCGUGAACCUCAGCCAUAACGCACGCAAUGCCGAGCUCAUGUGCCAAAACCGUGGUCUAGAAGCACUUGCCUCUCGCGUAUUUCGCACCCGCGAUCCGCUCCUGAUGAAGGUGAUUCGAAACAUUUCACUGUGGUCGUACACGCUGCAAGAGGAUCUCGUCAGUGAUAAGGCGUACAAGUAUCGAGGCAUGUGGGCCCCCUUCGUGGUGCCAUUCAUCGAACUCUGUCUUAACACAGACAACCACGACUUUUCCAUUGAAGUUCUGGCAACGCUAGCGAACAUGACGCCAAGUGAUCUUCCGACAAAGAGUUCCUGGGACAGAUUGGUAACAGAACAUUCACUUAUCCCGCUUCUCAACAAACUCCUCGUCCCGGGCUUUUCACAAGAUGACAUGAUCCUGGAAGUCGUGUUGUUUAUUUGCACACUCGCGUUGGAGCCAAAGUGUGCUCCCUUGCUGUCAUCAUCUCGACUGGUGCGCACACUCCACUCUCUCUUCCAGGAGAAACAGCACGACAACGAGCUCACACUGCAGAUCCUUUACGCAUUCUAUCGCAUGCUGCGGCAUCCUGAGACGUUUGAAGAGAUUCUCUUCGGUGUUGGCUUUGUGCCGGACUUGCUUCUCGCUGCUGAUGCGCCGAAUAUUGAAGUCCGUCGGAUGUGCGAUGUGCUCAUGGACUUGAUUCUUGAUCAUGACCUCAAUGACGGAGGAACCAUCGGGGACUUCGGCCACCUCAUUCGACAGCGUAGGUUUGAGAUCCACAAUGCUGAGUACCUCGAGAUGAUCCACGCGGAAACGCACAGCGCAGUAUUCCGACAACACCACAGAAUGGACGAUGACAGAGGCAAGGACGACGACGAUGACAAUCACUAACUAGGUUGUUACCGAUCAUAAUUGUACGUCUCAAGCCAAACAUAAAACAAAAAUUCAACUACCCGCAAUUCUGUUUCCUCA